CUUAAAAGCUUACUGAAUGUUCUUGUGUUUGAUUUACCUUAUAAAAGCAACAUUAGAGUAUUGACUAUAAAUCGGGCAGUAGAACGUUGCUGUAAUAUCCACUUAAUUUUAGGGUGUGCUGGGAUUUUUAUUUGAACUCAUUGCCACAGCUGCAGACGGCAUCUAGACGUGUUGUUGUGCGGCUGCCCAAAGUCAACGCCGAGAUGAAGACCACAUGUAUUUUGCUUUUAUUGAGUCUGGUGGCUGCCGCCAACUCUUUCAGUCGGAGGUCAACUCAACGUAUACACGCUGAUAGUUAUGAGGAUCUUUUCGGCCCAACGUCCACCCCAAGCGAAAGGUCAACAGUGAGGCGUCCAUCACGGCCUACUUCUACAAAGGGAAGAUCUAGAUUUAGGACACCUCCUCCUUCAUCAACUUUUGGUUUCGGUGCACACGGGGAUAGUUAUGAGGAUCUUUUCGGGCCUACUUCUACAAAGGGAAGAUCUAGAUUUAGGACACCUCCUCCUUCAUCAACUUUUGGUUUCGGUGCACACGGGGAUAGUUAUGAGGAUCUUUUCGGGCCUACUUCUACAAAGGGAAGAUCUAGAUUUAGGACACCUCCUCCUUCAUCAACUUUUGGUUUCGGUGCACACGGGGAUAGUUAUGAGGAUCUUUUCGGGCCUACUUCUACAAAGGGAAGAUCUAGAUUUAGGACACCUCCUCCUUCAUCAACUUUUGGUUUCGGUACACACGGGGAUAGUUAUGAGGAUCUUUUCGGCCCAACGUCCACUCCAAGCGAAAGGUCAACAGUGAGGCGUCCAUCACCGUUGGCGCGACUUGCGAUGUGUAGAACCAACCCUCUUCUGCACCCAAGCCUGGGCUGCCUCAACAAUAUGGAAGUCAUCUUGAUGGUAGAAAGAAUGGAAGCCAAACUCUUCGAACCGGCACUGGGUUUUGCUCGGAUCUUUCUCUCAAUAACGAGAUCACAGCAAAUGCCAGUUUCUCUUCUUACCUUCGGCCAGACAGACCAAGCGCUGCCCUGCGGAUGGUUCAGUUGCACCAAUAAGAACCAAGAUGAUGUGGCCACGGAGCUCCUCGAGCUAGCCAGAAACCCCCCAGCCGUUGAGGUACCGAGGGUUGCAUAUGCUAUCCUGUUCGGCACAGAGUUCCCUAUUGCGAAGCGUUUUGGCGGCCAGAAAGAUCGUCGGCAUAUCCUGCUUAUGAUUGGAAGUGGUAGACAGGACCCGAAAGAGAAGGCUUCUGAGUAUGUGAAAGCUAGGGAAAAGGCCAGGCGUCUUGGUGUAACCGUUAUCUAUCUCGAUAUCGGGGGCACGGCUAAUACUUCGCCCAUCAAGCGGCGGGAUGUUGAAGGGGGCCAAGAUAUGAGUCUUGUAGCGACGAGAGCCCCGCCUGGGCUAGAGGUUGUCAAGGUUAUGCCCAGCGAACUGAAGGAUGUUGAGGCACUAUGGAAAAAAGUAAACUUCAUUGUUUUCCCACAAUACAUAAAAUAA